CUCAACUGUGAGGCAUCCAUUCUCUUAUACCUACAUUCUUUUCUUUUCUUCCUUCAUUCUUUUCUACACAUUAAUAUUGUUCAUAUGGCCCCUCUCGCUGGCAGGCCUCCUUAUGCCACGGAUGAACCAGAUUCAUUCUACGAAACUCCGCAGCCUCAGCGUAGAAUUCGUCAACCCCAGCCUGAAAAUCCAAAUAAUAGGUCUUCAGCGUACAAUGUGUACGACAACUAUCUCGACAAGAAACGUCAAUCCGGCACUGGCGCACUUGGGAUGGGAUUUUUGAAUGGUUCCAUGGAGGACGAUGACGACGACGACGACGAUUACUGUGGGCCUUCGUCAGCUGCCGAAUCACGUCAAGCAGGUCCAUUGCCUUCGAAGCAUGCUGCCUUGGCAGCGGCGACAGCUUCAAAUGGAAAUCGAAGAGGAUCACCAUCUCCACCCCCACAAUAUAUAGCCUCGCCUCGCCCUGGUUACGCUGCCCCCAUCGCUGCUCUCAAUAACCUGCCACGACCCGAGCCUGCUGCUGCCCCUGCUCGUCAACAUCAGCCCCAGAUUAGCGUCAACGCUAAGCCCCCUCGAAGCCAAUAUCCUUUCGUCCUUCCUAUCAACACGGCCUCUUCUUCGCCUGUAUCCAUCUCUUCGUCUGUUCCCAGCACGCCCCAUCCGCUCCAGCCCCCAAUGACUCCGAUCACACCGGUCUUUGCUCGCCCUACCAAGGGUGUGGAUGUCAAGUUCAGGGAUGAAAAACCCAUCAUACGAGGAAAUAGCGAAGGGAUGACAUUACCGAAAAGAGGAGAGCGAGGCGACGAAUUUUGGCGUCGUUUCAGCGUCAUUGCUAAGGAAGAAAACAGGAAAUCUUCAAGCUCCUGGCUCAAGAAGACUCAGAAUGGUACGACACGGUUAUCUCGAUUGGUAUGGGUUAUUGGGACGAUUUUGGCCAUCUGUGCGGCGGCUGGUAUUGGUAUUGGUUUUUGGAUCUCACACAACAGUACAUCGAGCUCGCAGCCUACCGCUAUCGGUGGGUCUGCUGACAAUGCUUCUACCGAAAUCAACACGGAUACGAGCACAAGCGACACUUCGAGUGUUUCCACAAGUCUACAUGUCUCCGCAACGAACACGGUGGCCAGACGGUUUGUUGAGCCUAGGUACACAAGCAGUCCCUUACAGCAGGGACACCUGCGUAGAGUAAAACACCUGCAUUGAGGUGAGUCCUUGCAUUGAGAGGGCAUCUUGGACCUAACUGGAGUAACAUUCCGUUGAGUAAGAAAGGAUCAAACAUCUGCACCUACAUCUGCCCUACAAUAACUUAUCUUUCUUGCCUUCUAUUACUCGCACUGAUUCGACCCCUUUUCUAACAUUCGUGGGAUAACCAUUGGCCACUGUGGCUUCCCGUCCGCUCAUUAACAUUCCCCGUGUACACUCACGCAUGUAUUUAUUGGUCCCCAUCAAUUCUGAUGACCUGGCUUUCACAGAUACCCUU